CGCAGACAUAAAUGAGUGCGAGACUGGAGAUCACAACUGUGGCGAAAAGCAGAUAUGUCGCAAUCGGAAUGGUGGUUACAUUUGCGCCUGUCCCGCAGGACAUCAGGUGAUUCGUCUGUCCGAUAGUGUCAACAGCUGCGAGGAUAUUAACGAAUGUGCAGAGGAUGCCCCUGUUUGCUCAUCAAAUGCAAACUGCUAUAAUACAAUUGGCUCAUAUUACUGCGAAUGUAAGCCAGGCUUCCAAAGGAAGUCUCUCAAUAGCAAUGCGAAUAGUAUGGACCAGGAGAAUGGGUAUGCCCAUGGUCAAUGCUUCGACGUCGAUGAGUGUCAGUCCAUACCAGGACUUUGUCAGCAAAAGUGUGUUAACUUUUGGGGUGGAUAUCGCUGCACCUGCAAUCAGGGAUAUGAACUCAGCCACGAUAAUAGGACAUGCAAUGAUAUUGAUGAAUGCGAAGUGCAUAAGGAUUAUAAACUGUGCAUGGGCUUCUGCAUUAACACGCCCGGUUCGUAUCAAUGUUCCUGUCCACGUGGCUACACUUUGGCGUCUGACAAGACUUCUUGCCGAGACAUUGAUGAAUGUGAUACAACGAGUAACAAUCAUGUGUGCACUGGUCGGGUGAGUACCCUAAUGGCUGUACAGAUCAUAUAUUUACAUAUAGCAUACAUAAUAGUGAACGGAUUCAUUCAAAUUUAA